UAGAAAAAUAAUAUGUCCCUGGGUGUUAAAAGUAUACUUCAAAAGCAUCAGUCAAGUUCUUCAGUUUUUUGUCGUCACUGUCAGAGAAGAGGUUGGUUCCACUAUGAUUCUACUGGCACCAUAUGACAGUCUUUUCCUGUUGCAUUUUUAUGAGUUUGGGAAUCAAAGUUCCUCUGAGAUAACUAGUAUCAUUGGUUUUUCCCUCUUAGUUAGAGAUCCAUGUACUUACUUGAUUCAAUGCAGACUUUGUGCUCUUUGACUUAUUUCCCAGCAAUGGCUUCACUCCCGGUAGUGGUGUUUCUGGCUGCUGGAUUGCUUCUGUCUUUACCCGCUGAAGGAAAGGAUCCAGCCUUUACUGCUUUGUUAACCACUCAAACACAAGUGCAAAGAGAGAUUGUAAAUAAACACAAUGAACUGAGGAAAUCGGUCUCUCCACCUGCCAGCAACAUGCUAAAGAUGGAAUGGAGCAGAGAAGCAACAGCAAAUGCCCAAAAGUGGGCAAACAAGUGCACAUUACAACACAGUAACCCAGAAGAACGAAAAACCAGUACAAAAUGUGGUGAAAAUCUCUAUAUGUCAAGUGACCCCACUGCCUGGUCAGAUGCGAUCCAAAGCUGGUAUCAUGAGGGCCACAACUUCAUCUAUGGUGUAGGACCAGAGAGUCCUUCAGCAGUUGUUGGACAUUAUACCCAGGUUGUUUGGUACUCAUCUUACCAUGUUGGAUGUGGAAUUGCCUAUUGUCCCAAUCAAGACCGUCUAAAAUACUACUAUGUUUGCCAAUACUGUCCUGCUGGUAAUAACAUGAGUAGAAAGAAUACCCCUUACCAUCAAGGAAUGCCUUGUGCUGGUUGCCCUGGUAACUGUGACAGUGGGCUAUGCACCAAUAGUUGCGAGUAUGAAGACCUCCUUAGUAACUGUGAUUCCUUGAAGACGACAGCAGGCUGUGAACAUGAAUUGCUUAAGGAAAAGUGCAAGGCUACUUGUCUAUGUGAAAACAAAAUUUACUGAAAUGCCCAGUGGAUUCUGCAGGUCUAAGUAGGGAAGGGCUGCAUCAUUUAAUUGACAACAUACCAGAGGAGGAAUUGUAGCAUGCUAGUUACAAAUAUGAUUCCAAAGAGCCAUGCAUCUUCUCCUGGAUUUUUACUGAAAUCUCUUUCAUACAGUGAUUUACAAAAGCAAAGUAGUCUAUGAUAACAACAUUGGACUUUGAUGCAAAUUUAGUCCUUUCAACAUAAUGAACUGAAUCAGUUGAGGAUUUUGAAACUUACAUAACCAUAGGACUCUGGUCACUAGAACUAUGUUACCGGAAGCAGCAAGCCAAAAAAAAAGCUUCAACAUCAUUCCUACUAUGUUCUAACCAAUGAAGAAUGAACUCAAAGACUGACAUCUGACUUUGUCUUAUGGUCUCCUCUUUAAACAAAAAUAACCAGCUUUUAGAAUAAAGAACUUACUUAAACAA